AGCAGAGUGAACUGCGUCUUAGAAACUCACUCACAUCAUUAGAAAUCGAAACGCAGUACGUCCUUUCGUCAAACAGCACUCCCUGAACAGAACUUGAGAUUUUCAUGCAAGAUGGACAAAAGCCAAUUUCUGAAAAGUGAUGAUUACACUUCAGAAAUCCCCAAAUCUGUUUCCAAGCGAAAUUCGCCAAACCCGAUCAGGUCUGCGGUAAAAGUGGGAAAUUCUGUACUUCUGGACAAACCGUGGAGGAAGUUUCCGGAGUUCAACACGGAGACGUUACAGCAACUAAAGGAAGCAGUUGUAGAUUACAAACCUAAUAGCGAGACUAAUGUGUCUGCAGCAAACAUUCUUCUGAUUGGUCAGAUAGGUGCGGGGAAAUCUAGUUUCUUCAACUCUGUCAACUCGAUCUUCCGCGGCAAGAUCACCAGUAAGGCCCGCUGUGGGAGCUUCGAACACAGCCUUACAACCGUGUUCCGAAAGUACACCAUGAAGGACCAUAACACUGGGCAGAACCUGAAGAUUCGCCUGUGCGACACUCGUGGAUUUGAGGAGGAGUAUAAGAUAGAAGCCCAGGAGAUCGGCUACAUACUGGACGGAAACGUGCCGGACAGGCACCAGUUUAAUCCAUCAUCACCUUUUACAACAGAGACUUUUGGCUUCAUUCGGAAUCCGCAACUUAGCGACAAAAUUCACUGCGUGGCGUUCGUUGUCGACGGAAGUACGAUUGACGUCAUGCCUGAGGAAAUCCUAAAACAACUGAAGGAAUUACAGGGCCGCAUGAAUCAGAGAAAUAUACCUCAAGUGGUGUACAUGACGAAAAUGGACAAAGUGUGUCCGAAAGUAGACAAAGAUACCGCCAAUAUGUUCUACAGCUCAGGUGUCCGUGACGCCAUUGACAAGAUGUCUGACAUCAUGGGACUACCACGUGGUUAUAUUAUGCCGAUCAAAAAUUACGAAAGUGAGACUGGUUUGGAGCCGAAUACUGAUAUCCUGAUUUUGAAAGCCUUGCAGCAGACGACAGACUUUGCAGACGACUACAUGGAGGAACAACUGGAUAAAAUGGCAGCCGAAAAGAGAAGAGAGGAAAAGCAUUGAACGGAUAUAAUUGGGGUCAAAUCAAACUGACCAAUCAGUUAGAAAUGGGGAAAAUAGGUUCAGAAGUAUGGAUGUGUUUUUAAAAAAAAAAAAGACCUGCAUAUGGUAGACAUGGAUUGCUGAUUUUGUUGAGGUUGAUGUAAAGAAUUAUAGACUUGGUUGAGAGUAUAUGAAAACUAUAUACAGGGUGGUUCAUAAGUCAUGCAACCAUUUCUGUUGCCUAUAUGUUUAUCACAUUGCGACCGAUUUUAAAAAUCUCAUACCGCAACAUGUAAUAAACUAGGGGCCUAAGUCAUGCCGCGAUAUCUGAUAAACACUAAGUCAUAUCACGACAUCUGAUACACAACAUAUAACGAUAUCUGAUAACUACAUAUAGCGAUAUCUAAUAAACACCAAGUCAUAUCGAGACAUCUAAGAAACACAACACAUCGCGACAUCUGAUACACAACAUAUAGCGAUAUCUGAUAAACACCAAGUCAAUAUCGAGAUAUCUGAUAAACACAACACAUCGCGACAUCUGAUACACAACAUAUUGCGAUAUCUAAUAAACACCAAGUCAUAUCGCGACAUCUGAAACACCACAUAUAGCGAUAUUUGAUAAACACUGUUUAAUAGCGAUAUCUGAUAAGCACUUGAGUUAUAUCGCGGCAUCUGGUAAACAAUAACAUGAUUUUCUAUUUUUUGGUUCGUGUUACAAACUCUAAGCUGUCACAAAAUAUGUAAAUACGAUGUGGGAAAGAUACAGAUGGUCUCUUCUAUACCAACCACUUGUCUACAAUAAUACUUUAUCUAUCUACAUAUAUAACCCUUUAUCCUCUCGAUUUGUUUUACCCGCUUACAAUGAAUAUCUGUACAUGCAUGAACUAAUAAAGAGGAAAUGAGUAA